AACCGACCCGGGAUCAGACAUUACAACCCGUGUUCCUUGCACCAUCGCGUUUUAAACUCGGCCCCCCUUUCCCAAAAACCGAGCCGACCUGUUGAGCGUCGCGGUGGAUGGGUGUUGGCACGCUGCGCGUUACAACACAUUUCCUCAUUUCCCCUCCUCGUCGUCGGACUCUCAAGCGGACUCAACGCGUGUCAGAGGUAAAACGGUCGACGUUCGAAGAUGUCAAAGAUCUGGGCUGUGGUGUUGAUGACACUUGUGUCCCUGGUGUUUGCAGACGAAAACAACCCCCAAGAUGACCCAUUCACCUUUGAUUACCACAGACUACGUGUUGGAGGGCUGAUUCUGGCUGCCGUCCUCUGUCUCAUUGGCAUCACGAUCCUGCUCAGUGGCCAUUGUCGGUGCAAGUUCAACCAGGACAAGAGGAGGAGGACAGGAAGCAGUGCUCAGCAGAUGCUCAAUGACCAAGCUCGUCCCAGCUAGGAGCCAACCACAACUUGACGACACCCUGACUUCCUGAAGCCGCAACCAAUAGAAAGCGUGGAAGGGCGGGAGCCGGCAGGGUGACCACUGAGAGCCUUUUGUUUGAGGAAAACAAAUGGAAGAAGUUGACUGGGUGCCCUGCUGUAAGGUGUUGAGCUGCUGAUCUGCCUGUUAAACCCCUACACACACACACACACACACACACACACACACACACACACACACACACACACACACACACACACACACACACACACACACACACAAACCCGGAAUCCAGAACUGACUUCAAUUCCCUUUCCGUUCAAGAAGUUUUUAAUAAUGUAUAUGACAGCUGGCAUAUCUAAACUAUUAAGAAACACUUUGGGGUUAAUGUUCUGUCAUUAGUAAGUGCAUUGCAGCAGUAAUGACUCUUUUUUUUCGCUAAUUGAAUUGAAUGUGGGCUGACUUUAGCAGUGAUACGAACCUUUUACCAAAAAAAAGAUCUUAUGUGAGUGUCCAUUAAAACUGUUUCUCCUCCUUGGUUUUCGACGUCUGUAAGAUAAAACUGAUGUAGCUAUUAGUCGCUUGCUAUGUCAAAUGGAGCCGUAAAAAUGCCAUAUCCAAAUAGCGUGGCGGUAUGAUGAUUCAUAAUAAUCCGUUGAUUGAUAGGUGUGUAUGCUAGCUAUAUCAAUCAAUGGAGCAGACUGCACUGGUCAGCGAUGUAGGUAGUGUGUUAUGUUUUUAUAAAAGAACCAAGUAUUGGGAAUUGUGUUUGUGGUCUGUUCUUUUGAGUCUCACAUCACUGUGUCAAAAACAGAUAAGAGAAAGAAGAAUAAUAAUUUUAAAAAAAUCUCAUGCAAAAUCAUAUGAGGGUUUUUUUACAUGUUGUUGUAACCAAGAAUGUUUCUGUGCUAGUAUGAGAGCUGUGGAUGUUGACAUCAGUAGUGAAAGUAUGUGCCUGUUACGAUCUCAUAUUAAAGCCUAACAUCUAACUGUAACACCGAGGAAAAAAGCGAUAGAGGAAAAUUUUCUUUGCUUGUUUAUAUUCUUCAGGUUGUCAAUAAAACCAAAUUAUGGUUUU